AUGAAGAAAUUAUUUAGCGGAAGUAGUAAAAAGACAAGUGGCAACACAUCAACCAAUACAUCCAUUUCUUCUUCAACCUCUGAUCUCUCUUCGGGUGGUGUUGUCCAACAAACAUCUUCACCUCAAGGUCAAACCCCAACCGUUUCAGAGCCUAGGGACACCAUUGUGACAGGAACUUCGGGUACCAUUAAAGAUGUAGUGGCACUCAUGUCUUCUUCGACACCAGCAGUCAUUCAAACCAAUAUUUCUGCAAGUAGUAGUAGUGGUAAUUCGAUUGGAAGUAGCAAUAUUGGAGGUACAGCUCCAUCUGCAAAUCUGUAUUACAACAUUGUGAGUGCAAACCAUGUGGUGAAUAGUCCUGUAAAAUUUGAACAACAAGUCGAAGCCAAAGUACAAGAAGUUGAAGCUACUCAUAUUCACUAUAAAGCUUGUCAAAAUGGUUUCAAAGGUCUCUUGAAUGAGUCCACGGAAUUAGGACGAACUGAAGAGUUGAUGGGUCAACAAUUGGUCAAUUUUUCACACAAAUUGCAAGCAGGAGAUAUUCAUGCAAGACAUUUGAAAGUUUUGGCAGAACAAUUUGGAGAAAGUUUUAAAAUCUUUUCAAGUGCCAGAAAUAUUUUGAAUCGAGCGGUUGAGGAAAAAUAUCUUAAAGAGCUCGCAGAAGUUCAAAACGACAACAAAUUACAAGAAGCAAAAGAAAACAACUUUUUAGAAGCAGAAUCGGACUAUCAGAAACAAUUAAGAAAUAUUAAAUAUUUCUUGGCAUUACUAGAGAUGAAAGAUGCAUUUGUGGAAUAUUAUGAAAAUUGUAAUAAGGCCUUAAAGUCUAUGGAAAAACAUAUUGACACAGCCAUUAAGCAACAAUUCGAGAAUGGAGUAUUCAGUUUUUCGGCACCUACUUCCAACAUGAACAAUUCCACUCAUGCACUCACACCCAAGUCCAAUCAAAUAUGCACACAAUUCACUCUUGAACACAUCAUUUCACAAAAUAUGCCAAGUCGAUCUGAUGAAUCAACUCUCUUUGGUGUUGAAUUGAGAGAAGUUUUGAGGAGAUUUGGUGAACCUUUUGGAAUUCCAAAGAAAAUCAAACAACUCAUUGAUUAUAUUGAGAAAAAUUAUUUAGAAAAUGAAGGUUUGUUCCGUGUUCCUGGUCACACCAAGGGAAUGGAAGACAUGGCAGAAAAACUCAACACAAGUGAAAUUGUAGAUCUUGAUCAAAUUGAGCUUGUGAACAAACCACAUACUCUUUGUGGUGUUUUGAAAAAGUAUGCAAGAGAACUGCCACAACCUUUAUUAACAUUUGAAUUGUAUGAUGACUUUAUUGCUGUUGCCAAGCUUCCAGCAACGAAUAACGAACUAAAACAAAAACAAAGGGAAGAACUCAAAGUGCUUGUCAACAAACUCCCUAUUGAAAACUAUAAUCUUCUUGGACGGCUUUGUCAAUUAUUCCGUAAAAUCACUCUCAAUGAGGAAAAGACAAAAAUGAAUGCCAGUAACAUUAGCAGAAGUUUUGGAACCAAUUUAAUGAGAACAAAAGUUCAAGACGAUCAACGAAUGCUCGUCGAUUUGGAAAAGAUUAAUCUCGUUUGUGAACUCCUUGUGCAAUAUUGUGAUGAAUUGUUUCCAGGAGAUUUAGACAGCAGACAAGCACAAGGAAAACGAUUAAGCGAAGAAGAAAUUGAAGAAUGGAGAAGACUAAAAUCAGGAGGUGGUGUCGCCAGUACUUCAAAGAAUGGAACCAUUUCAUCCGUAUCCUCCAUAGAAGUUCACAAUCAUCAUCAGCAUGGACAUGAGGAUGUUGAAACCGAUGAAUCAUCCAUAAACUCUCCGAGAAUGCCCUCACUCAAGAGAACACAAUCUCAAACGAGCAAGUUUGCAAACUUCUCUAGCAAUGACACACCAGGUGAUUCUUCUGGUGGAGCACCUUUAGUGUCCAGUCUGCUCUCAAAGAGAAGUUUCACAUUGAAAGCCAAUGAAAAUGUUGAAGUUCAAAGUAACUCUUCACAACGACAAAGUCUCAAAGGAUGGAUUGAAGUUCUUGACAAGACAAGAGGUAAAUUCUAUUACUUUAAUCCUGCCACUGGUGAAACUUCUUGGAAACAUCCCACUCACAACAAGAAGAAGGGUGUGAUCAAAGAUGACAAUGGAAAACUGACGAGUAUGGUCGAUUCUCGUGACUCUGUUAUCGAUUCAACUGAUGAAUCUCACAUGGAAUCUGUGAAAUUAAUCAUGAACUGUUCUGGAAAAGUAGAACAAGGUAAUUUAACGGAAAUUCAAGAAUUUUUGAAACAACACGUUCUGACCAGUCAUCUCGAAGCAGCAGAAAAGAUUUCAGAAAUACUUUCUGCUGCACCAUUUUCAUGGAUAAUUUCAGAACCUAAUCAUUCAAGUAAUACGUUCACAAUAGAACAAUUAGAAAUAUUUAACACUAAGUUACAAGUGUUAUCCAAAAACUAUUUGUAA